AUGCAAAUAAAAGUCAAGACAAUAGCCGGAAGAGACUUGGAGCUAAUUGUUGAUCCCGAGGAGACAGUGCUGGAUCUGAAGUUGAAGAUAGAGAGCAUUGAGCUGAUACCCGUGGAGCAACAGAGGCUUGUGAGUAAUGGAAGAAUACUGAUGAAGGAAAAGGACACGCUUGCCAGUCUGAACAUAGUUUCUGGAAAUGUCGUUCACAUGGUGCUUGCCCUGAGAGGGGGAUGA